CUCAUCAUCUAUAAUCUAAAUCUCUCUCUCUAUAUAUAUAAGCAAUUACAGUGUCUUUUAAGUAAUGGCGGAUUUAAUUUUCUUCUUCUGAUUAUCCAAAACAAAACCAUCUUUGUAGUAUAAAUUUCGCCCGCCGGUAAAAUACAAUCGACGACGAAGCAAAAAGACAAAUCCUUUCCUUUCUUUUCUUGACUUUGAUUUUUUAAAAAAAUUCCCGAGAAUCUUUUUUUUUUUUUUGAGGAACCCAAGAUUUUUAUCCCCAAGAAGAUAUUUCAAUCAAAAUUGAUAGAAUAGGGAUAAAAAAAUUGGGUUCAUUACUAAUAGAAGAAGAAUCACGAUUUCUGAGCAUACGAGAUUCGUCCGUCGUUUCUUGGAUUCUCCGCUAUUAAGUUCCUUCAAUCUGCUUAGGCUGGAAUUUGCCCUGUCUAGAAACUUUUAAAAGAGAGUUUUUUGUAUAUGAUUUAGAACAGUCAAAGUUGAAAGAUUUUUUUUUUCACAAUUGAAUUUUGAUGAGAGAUGAGUUUGGUUGGAAGAGUUGGGAGUUUGAUUUCUCAAGGCGUUUACUCUGUUGCUACACCGUUUCAUCCAUUCGGUGGUGCUAUUGAUGUCAUUGUUGUUCAACAACAAGAUGGUUCUUUCCGUAGCACACCUUGGUAUGUUAGGUUUGGUAAGUUCCAAGGUGUUCUGAAAGGCGCUGAGAAGUUUGUCAAGAUUGCUGUUAAUGGCACCGAAGCUGAUUUCCACAUGUACCUUGAUAAUUCUGGUGAAGCCUAUUUCAUCAGGGAAGUUGAUCCUGCAGCGGCUAAUGACACCAGCAGUUUGAUUUCCGGGUCUGACAAUAGCAAUGCUAGUAGUGAAACUAACGGCGUUGGUUUUCGACUUGAGCACAGUUUAUCUGACGCUGGUUCUGGGGAACUACGAGAAGGUUUCGACCCUUUGAAUCGGCUUGAGAGGACUGAGUCUGAUUGUAAUAGGAGGUUCUAUGAUUUUCAGGAUGAUCCGCCUUCUCCAACCUCGGAAUAUGGAAGUGCUAGAUUUGACAAUCUUAAUGUGGAAAGCUAUGGGGAUUCUCAAGGCUCUGAUUCUGAAGUCGUUUUGGUCAGUAUUGAUGGACAUAUACUAACAGCCCCUGUGUCAGCGGCAGAACAGGAGGCUGAGAAUUUACGGUUAAAUACUCCUCAGUUUCAUUUGGCACCUGGUGAUGGGACUGAGUUUUGUGAAGGUAAUACCGAGUUUGCGUCGUCAGAGACUUCGUGGGAUACUGAAUAUAUCGGCAAAGUGGAGUCAUCUGAUGCUAUUAACAUUGUAUCUGAAAAAGUGGAUACCGCGAAUGAUGACCGUAGUGAUUCAGAUUCCGGUUCUCGUGAUAAUGCCGAAAAAGAUUCUCAUGAUGUUCAAAGAAAUCUUCUUGGGAGCUAUGUGGAGCAGUCAGAGCUGAGUGAGACUGGUGAGAAUGCAAAGUCAGGGGAACCAAGUCCUACUUUUGAGGAUCGGAAUCUAAAAGAAGGUGAGUUUCCACUUAACACCAUCCCGGAAAAUGAUAGAAGUGAAGAUGAAGUGACUAUUGAAACAAGAGAUACUCUCGUUGAUAGUUUUGAAUCUUCUUCUACAAUUCAAAUAACAACAGAAGAAGUCAAAACAACCGAGGAAUCCAGAAUAUCCGUUGAUUCUAAUACUGAUUCAGAAUGUAAGGAUGAACAGCCAAGAACAUCUGCAGAAACUGCCAUCUUGAUUAACAACCAGGAAGACGGGAUUAUAGAAUCGGAAGAUCAGGCUUCUGAGGGAGUCUCUAUAGAUUCAACGAGAGAGGACGAUGAGCAACUGACUCCAACUAAACCAACAGAGGAGGAUAACGAGGACGGGAAGAGUGUAGUUUCUGUGGGUGCGACUUCUAGUUUAGACGUAGGAAAACCCGAUACAGAUCAGAGAUAUGAGCUAUCAAUUUGCAAGGAUGAGCUUCGUCAGGGUAUGGGACUUAGCGCAGCUGCUGAGGUCUUUGAUGCACAUCGGAUUACCAUGGAAGAAUAUAUAAACUCGGCAACAUCAAUUCUUGAAAGUGAAAAUCUGGUUGUUAGGAUUAGAGACACGUAUAUGCCAUGGACGAAAGCUGCUCGAAUUGUGCUUGGGAAAGCUGCGUUUGAUCUAGACUUAGAUAUCCAGCCAGAUGAUGUGAUUUCUGUGGAGGAAAAUGAAUCGCCUAAACCCAAGGAUGAUGAAACUACAGUAACUCCUUCUUCAUCUGGAAGAAGAUGGAGACUCUGGCCGAUUCCUUUUAGAAGGGUUAAAACAAUUGAACAUACGGGAAGUAACUCCUCCAGCGAAGAAGAUCUGUUUGUUGAUUCUGAACCUGGCUUACAGAACUCACCUGAACCACAAUCAACCGCAACGAGUCGCCAUGAGUCCCCGCGUAGGCAACUUGUGAGAACCAAUGUCCCUACGAAUGAACAGAUCGCAUCUCUGAAUCUGAAAGAUGGUCAGAAUAUUAUAACUUUUAGUUUCUCAACAAGAGUUCUGGGAACACAACAGGUCGAUGCGCAUAUUUACCGGUGGAGAUGGGACACCAAGAUAGUGAUUUCAGAUGUUGAUGGAACUAUAACUAAAUCUGAUGUGUUAGGUCAGUUCAUGCCCUUCAUUGGAAAGGACUGGACACAGUCCGGUGUAGCCAAGCUUUUUUCUGCCAUAAAGGAGAAUGGAUAUCAGUUGCUUUUUUUGAGCGCCCGUGCCAUCGUUCAGGCAUAUCUAACGAGAAAUUUCUUAAAUAAUCUCAAGCAGGACGGAAAAGCUUUGCCAACCGGUCCUGUAGUCAUAUCACCAGAUGGGCUAUUUCCAGCAUUGUACCGUGAAGUUAUAAGAAGAGCACCUCAUGAAUUCAAGAUCGCAUGUUUGGAGGAUAUCAGGAAACUCUUUCCUACGGAUUACAACCCGUUUUACGCUGGAUUUGGAAACAGAGAUACGGAUGAGCUGAGUUACAGAAAACUCGGAAUCCCAAAGGGGAAGAUAUUCAUAAUCAACCCAAAGGGAGAAGUGGCAACAGGACAUCGCAUAGAUGUCAAAAAGUCUUACACUUCACUUCACACUCUUGUCAACGACAUGUUUCCUCCAACUUCACUUGUUGAGCAGGAAGAUUAUAACCCAUGGAACUUCUGGAAACUACCAAUAGAAGAGGUUGAUUAAGGAAAUCAUGUUACAAAGAGAAGAAACUUUUCGAGUCUCUAAAACGAGGUGCAGAUGAGUCGGACAUAGUGGCUGUGGAAUCUAUGCUUCUUCUAUGACCUUGUAGACAGGAAAGAGCUGGAACUUGUAGAAAAGAAAGAGCUAGAACUUGUCUCUACUUUGUAAUGUCUUAUGUAGGAGUUAACACAAUAGGGAAAGAAUGCUAUAUUAGCUGUGACAAACUUAUGUACAAGACAUUAUUUUCUUUA